AUGAAGUUGGAUUUGUUCCGCUUCACGAGGGCCGAUGGACGGGGUCAUCUCGUCAAGUCUUGACCCCGCCUCCUUUUCUACGAAAAAAAAAGAGAACUCGCCGUCGUCCGUCGUUCUUGGGAUGGAUGGUUUCAUGGCAGGAGUUGGAAGUUCGACAUGCUGGAACUGGCUGGAGCCGGCCAACAUCAGGAGGAGGAGAGGGGAGGCAAGAAAAUAGGAGAAGGAGGAGGGAUAAGAAGCAAAAUCGGAGGAGAAGGGUGGGCAUGGCGCCUCGCCAGUGUCAGAUCCACUAUAGUCCUAUAUACUUUCCUUUUCAUUUUGACUUUAGAGUUCUUGUCUCUCUCUCUCUUUUUCUCUCUCACUCUCUAUCGUCCGCGCGCUUUUCUGCUUGCUCUUUAAACUUUUACACAUAUAUCGAGAGGGCACUCUCCAGUCUGUGCUGCUGUACAUCGUCACGCUCCGGGAGUAGCGGACACACAUUCAGUGAGCCUCCUCGUUUUCAUAAAUUGCCCGUUUGCAAAAUUUUUGUUUUUCUCUCUUUGCUGAUGAUUUAACUCAAAUCAAUCCGAAGUGACAUUGUGACUGUAACAGAUAUCUCUUUCGAACAUUUUGUGCAUCGAGCCUAUUUCGAAUUAUUACCGGCAAACAAACGAAAAAAAAACACAUAAGCUAUGAUGAAGUUAGAACACGUCGAAGCAUCGUCGUCGGCUUGUUUGCCGCCUCACCACCAUCACCACCCGCUGAUGAUCAUGGAACACCUGAGUCCGACUAGCGCCUCAUCGUCGGCGGCGGCACUUCAGGAUUUGAUGCAGCAGCAUCAUUCAAACAUGAUUAGUGGUCACCAUCAUCAUCAUCUUCUUCAUCACCAACAACAACUACACCAGCAACAACAGCAACAACCGUCGGUUGAAAGUUCGUUAGCCGAUAGCAGCGAGGACAAAAUGACGACGGCAAGCGCCGCUCCGAUAUCGACCUCAAGCGGGGGAGGUACAGGAUCGAGUAGCAAUACGAGCACAGGUAACGGUACGAACAACAACGGUUCAAGCAGUAGCAAGAAAUCGUCAUCUUCAUCGUCCGGAAACGGAAAUGCGGCCGGUGGAGGAGCGGCGUCUUCAUCGUCGACGACGGCGGCGUCGGGAGUGAGACGGCAAGAGAAGCCGCCCUACUCUUACAUCGCUUUAAUCGUCAUGGCCAUCCAGAGUUCGGCUAGCAAACGCUUGACAUUGAGCGAGAUUUACCAAUUCCUGCAACAGCGUUUCCCUUUCUUCCGCGGAUCGUACCAGGGCUGGAAGAAUUCGGUGCGUCACAAUCUCUCGCUCAACGAGUGUUUCAUCAAGUUGCCAAAGGGCUUGGGCCGGCCGGGCAAAGGUCACUACUGGACCAUCGAUCCUGCCUCUGAGUUCAUGUUUGAAGAGGGUAGCUUCAGACGAAGGCCGAGGGGUUUCCGGCGCAAAUGCCAAGCCCUUAAACCGUAUCACAGUUUCUUCCAGAAUGGAAUCAAUCCGGCAUCGGUGACGGCAGCAGCCGCAGCUUCAGCCGCUCAUCUCGCGCUGGCCAAUUCUGGUGCGCCCACUUAUGAUCUUCAACAGCAACAACAAUCGCUCUUGUCCCAGCAACAGCAGUCUCAGCAACAACAACAUCAGCAAUCCAGUUGUUCAUCGGGACUCGGCCAACUCAGUCAACAUCAGCCGGACUACAGUAGUUUGCAUCCGAGUUGUUCGUACAAUGGUUCCUCAGCUUCGUCCAUUGUGCAACAACAUUACAGCAACGCGUACAGCAGCUCAGGUAGCGGAGGUUACCUGACCAGCUGCAAUAAUGGCGCAGAUUACUACGGCACCAAUAGCGGCGGUGGGGUGGUGGUCACGUCGACGUCGUCGGUUAUUGGCCAGAGCAAUCUCAGUCCAACGACGUCUUCGCCGGCGUGCGAUUGGACUACAAACGCCGCAGCAGCGGCAGCAGCAGCAGCGGCUGCGGCGGCUGCUGCGGCGGCGGCUGCGGCCUCGACGUCCAACAGCACCGCGAUGCAUUACCAUCAUCACGGUAUGACGAGCCUAUCGUCGAAUUGCGCAAGCAGUUCAGGAGGUAUAGCCCAUCAGCAGGCCUACACGACGAGUAAGACCCCGCACAACAUGAGUCCGGCGUCGUCGGCGUCGUCCAUUCACUUACAUCAUCAUCAGCAACAUCAUCAGGACAAUGGCCUGGUAGGGAGUGCCGACGGUAGUUACACUACGGCCAAUUUGCAGGCCAUGGAAGCGGUAGUCGAUAUCCCCCUCUCAUCGGAUCCGUGGACGGUGAGCUACAACGCCUAUUAUCGAGGCCGAGAAACGGGUGGAGCGACUAGUAACUACGUCCUUUAGUUCAUUUCGUAUAAAGUUGUCUUCAAUCAACUUGUUAAUUAUUCACUACGUCCGUAAAAUAUUUUGCAUACUCAUCCGCUCUUCGAGUCGUCAUGCAGAUGCAUCCUCAGCAUAAACAGGUGCAGAUUUCACGACGAGACAUCAACAAGGCCUUCAUCUUUCUAGGCCUUUGAACGUUAGCAACCGCUUCCAACUGUAUAUAAAGGUCUCCAAUAUAGUACACGGCCAUGAAUUCUACCAGUAUCGACAUAUUAUCUGGUCACCAAGUGACGAACCCUUUUUCUGCAUGACGACACAUCACAGUUAUUGAUGAAAUUAUUAUUUAUGCUACUGCCGCUUCUGUGCCAUAACAUCGAAAUUGAUGCACCCUGACCUUGUUCUCGCCAAUAUCACAUAGGGCCUUAUGAUGAUGAUGGGUAUUGCGCUAGUCCGUAUAUAUUUCAGAUGACUCAACCAGUAAUACGCCGUUUGAAUCAAUACUCAUCAUUGUAAUAAUGUUGUAAUAAAUUUAACUCAGUGGUCAAAGACAUUUAAGUGUAACCAAUUCAAAUGUGCCUAAAAAGGUCAUAACUGUCAGACGAGAAGAUUGCAGGUAAAUUGUGUCACAUUAUACGGCAUUAGAAAACCUUUUCUUCGUAUGGAUUUCUACGUGUACAUACGCCCCAAUGUUCAUUUCAUUUCGUGGUGUACUUCUUUGUUUUGUUUUUUUUCCUUGAACAUUUGAAUCUUUUUUGAUAGCCUAUAGCCUAUGCUCCGUAUGAAUUUGUUUGCCGCAAUACAACGGCCAUAAGCCUUA